CUACUAGGCGAUGGUGUUGCGGUAAAUACAGUGAGUUUAUUAAUCUGAAUUUACUCUGCCAACUUACUAAAGUGACACUCGGGUAAAACUUGUCCUUGGUUUUCAUAGCAUUUGCAACUGCAGGCCACCACUUGAGGGGGAGUUUCCUGUCUCUUACCAGGAAUGCCGGGUGGCGAUUACGGGGAGCUCGGGGCUAGCCUCCCUGCCAUCGCCUCCCUGAACGCCUCCUACUCAACGUCGCUGUCCUUCCCUUCCCCGUACCUGCUGGUGCCGCCUGCCGAGCGCAAGGCCAUCUCCGACGUCCGCCGAACCUUCUGCCUCUUUGUGACCUUUGACCUCCUCUUUAUCGCUCUUCUCUGGAUUAUCGAGCUGAAUAUAUCCAGCACGAUCUGGGAAAGCUUAGAAAAAGAGGUGGUCCAUUAUAACUUCAGGUCCUCCUUCUUUGAUAUAGUCGUUCUCGCCUUGUUUCGUUUCCUGUGUCUACAAGUGGGCUACGCAGCCUUCGGCUUGAGGCACUGGUGGGUGAUCGCGGUUACCACUCUAGUGACCAGCGUCUUCCUCGUUGUGAAGGUGAUCGUAUCCAACCUCCUGUCCCAGAAUGCCUUUGGCUACGUGCUGCCUAUCACCUCCUUUGUGGUGGCGUGGCUGGAGACCUGGUUCCUCGAUUUCAAGGUUCUCACGCAGGAAGCUGACGACGAACGAGCCUACCUAGCAGCGGUGCACGCAGCCUGCGAACGAGCCCCUAUGAUCUACCCCCGCGCUGUUUCCGACGGACAGUUCUACUCCCCGCCGGAAUCCGUUGCAGGCUCGGAGGACGAUCUGGAUGAGGAGGGUCUUGGGCGCAGAGCUGUCACUGCUCAGGAGAAGGAGUACGUCCGGCAGGGGCGAGAGGCCAUGUCCGUGGUGGAGCAGAUCCUCACCCAGGAGGAAAACUGGAAGUUUGAGAAAAACAACGACAUGGGAGACUCUGUCUACACUCUGGAGAUUCCCUACCACGGAAAGACUUUCAUUCUUAAGGCGUUGAUGCAGUGCUCUGCUGAGCUCGUGUAUCAGGAGGUGAUCCUGCAGCCGGAGAAGAUGGUUCAGUGGAACAGGACGGUCUCCACCUGCCAGAUCCUUCAGAGGGUCGACGACAACACCAUGGUGUCGUACGAUGUCUCCUCUGGUGCAGCAGGGGGAGUAGUCUCUGCGAGGGACUUUAUUAAUGUUCGACGAGUAGAGCGCAAACGAGACUGUUACCUGUCUGCUGGCAUGGCAACCAACCACGACUCCAAGCCCCCGAGUGGCCGCUACGUCAGGGGAGAAAACGGGCCGGGAGGAUUUGUGGUCCUCAAAUCCAGCAGCAAUCCAACGGUGUGCACCUUCAUCUGGGUCCUCAACACAGACCUGAAGGGCCGUCUUCCCCGCUACCUCAUCCACCAGAGCCUCGCCGCCACCAUGUUCGAGUUCAUGUCGCAUCUACGCCAGCGUAUUGCCGAGCUGCGGCCUUCGCACUGCUCCCACCACCACACUUAAAGCAGCGCAGAGAUGAACCUGGGAGAUGGAACGACUCUCUUCUCUUCUGACGGGCGGAGCAACACCCUGUGAGCUGAAGGAAACGCCUCUGAAACUGAAAAGACUGCCGUUUCUGAGCAUAGAAAAUGUGACGCGUUUAUCGUAUUUCAGUCAGAUGAGGCAAGCAGUAACUUCAUUGGAAAAGACUUUGUUGUUUUUUUUGUUUUGUCUGUUUUUUUUUCUUAUCUGCGAUGAGAACUUUAUCCAGAGAUGGAAUACACUUUACUGAAAUAAGGAGUCUUGCAUAAGGAUGGAAGCGAGGCCUGUUGUAAUGACACGACUGAAAACAGCUGAGCCUUAUUUUCAAUGCACACGUUGUUAAUGGAUGAUUUGCUGCUUUUUUUUUUUUUUUUCUUCAAUUUGAAAUGUACAUUUUGUUCCACUUGCCUAGACUUCCAUAUUUUCAACAAACGUAUGAUUUAGAGGUAACGGCUAUUCCAGGAUUUCUGCGCUGUGAUUGACGAGGGCGACGCUCGCCUCUCAAAGGUGAAGCCACUUAUCCAAGCAGUAAAAACUCUGCUCUUAGUCUGUGGGGGAAAUAUGUCGGAUCACAUUUAAGAAACUAUUACUGAUGAUUUGGUAUUUUGCACUUUGCGAUCAGCCAGCAGGUAAAACCAAGACUGAAGUCGGAGAUUGAAAUGAUCAUCGUGAUAAAUGAGCACGCCGUGUCCUCACUGAUGCCAUCUUUUGUGCCAAUAACAUCAAGUGGCCUUGUCAUAAAAUAGCUCAAAUCAUUGUCAUUUAACAACAUUUUUUCACUGUUUAGCGAUUAUUACCGUUGUCUUUUUUUUUUUUACUGAUCUUUUUUUUUUACAUAAAGCAGCAAUGUAUCGUUUCCAGCUUCAGUGUUGAUGCUGCGUCUCCAAAUCUGCUGCCAAAAACUGAGGUUUGAAUUUUGGUUUGAGUUAAUGAGUUGAACGAGAGACAGAGUUUGGUUGUUCUUCUCUAAAUUUGGGCCCAAAAACAGCUUCGGUUAUUCCAGCUAAAGGACCAUGUGUGUGGAUCUAAACGUGAUCUCCUGAGGAAUCAUAUUCACAAAUGUUGUAAUCACAGCUGCAAUAAUUUAUGUUCAUAGAGAGAGACUGAUUUAUUAUCAUGUUUAUUUUAAGCUUCUUACUGCAAAGAAGGAAUAUCAAAUGAAAAUAUGAAAAUGGUGCCUUUAUCACUGUAACAUAACAUGUCAGCCUUGUCAUUUUGUUUUGCAUUAAUUUUCUGUUGUUUAAUCUCUGCUCGGUAACUUUCCAAAGGCGUACUAGACGCAAAGGAAGUCUGACUUACCGUUUUCUUCAGUAGGUUUUCAGUUUGAAUGGAAACUCAUAAAUUUAUCAGCCAAUUUAAAUCCAUCACAACUGACCAGCCGUUUUCUUUUUUUACUGAGUCUUAACCGGUGUCUUACGUCUAAUAAAAUAUAGGAACUCAU